AUGGCUCUGUACAGCGAACUACCCUUCGGCCCAGCGGGGAUCCUCCCAGAUUCCAUCCUCAAAUUGCUUUCAAGUAGGACGACGUACCUCGAGCCUGCCGAUCUGGCCCCGCUCCAAUGGCUCCAUCGGGAUGUUCACGGUGCGGAGGUCCUUCAGAUCUUGCACAGUCUUGAUCAAAAGAGAGCCUUGACUAUUCUUCAUGCGGAGGCGGAGGCGGAGGAAGAGAGGUUGCGUAUUCUGGAGGAGAAGGCGCGGGCCAAGGCGGAAGAGGAGGAGCGGAAGCGUGUGGAGAGAGAGGAGAAGGAGCAGAAGAAGGCGGAGGAGCGGGCUCGCAAACAGGCUGAGAGGGAGGCGAGGGCAGUGGAGAGGAAGUGGGUUCAGGAUGAGAGGGCAGAGAGGAUUGCGCGCGAAAAGGCAGAGAAGGAAGCGAGGAAGCAGACAGGGAAGUUGCGCAAACGGGCGCUCGACGGCGAUAAGGAGAACGCCAGCCUGGCGGUGUCUAUCGCGCCGGCGUUUGUCGUCUCCCUCUCUUUCUCCCUCCACCACUCCUCCUCCCGCUCCUCCCGUUCCUCCUCCUGGCCCUCAACCACGUCCCAGGCCUCGGCAUAA